AUGAGUCACGACGAAGACUACGAUGAUCGCCCAGGGCCCUCGUCCAGGCGUCGCGAGGCUUUCACCCUGAUACCAGAGGACGAAGAAUUAGACAUUGCCGAAGCUCUGCCAUCAGCUUCGGAUCAUCGAGCACAGCAUUCGCGCCACUCGUCCGUACGAUCUAUGCAAGAUGACAGCCAAUUCCAUGGAACAUAUCGAGACGAUGAUCGCCAAGAACCUGACAACCCAAGCCAGCUCUCGCCGACACAGAGAAGAACGCCAGGCGCAAUAUCGACAGUCUCGUCGUUGGUUCGGCGCAUGACCACUAUGAAGUCGCCACUGACAGGGACGCGCUUUCGCUCCGUGCGGCGACAACAAAGGUACGAGAAGAUGGAUGACGACAACGACCCUGACCAAGGUCCCGUGGAUUUGUCGUCGCUCGAAGGGCUCGGCUUCGAAUUGAAUGACAUGCAACCGGGACCCAGCAAUCAGCGAGCUUUGGACGAUGAAGACACCGAAUACGUAUCUCCAGCCGCCACUCGCUCCGCAAAGCCAAAGUUCCGCGAAUUUGUUGACAAGCGCCGGUCAGUGCAAGAUGGCAUUGGAGAAGGCAUGAAUCAGAUUGGUGCCCAGCUGAGACGGAAUCCCACGAAAGCAUCAAAGAGGAUGCCAGCAGCUCGCGACGAUGCUGCAAAUCAGCUAGAACGGCACAAGACAGUACGAAAUAUAGGGCAGAAAUUGGCCAGCGAGAAGAACACAAUCGUCGAAGUGAACGAGAGUGUGAUUGAUCUGAGUCAAUUUGAAGGGCCAGCGAGUAUUCCUUUUCGACAGAGCACAGCAUCAUUCGAUCAACUGCUCAAUGGCAAUCGUGCGAGCACAUUUGGUUCAAUCACAGCCCAAGAAGAACACAAAUCCUACUUCUUUCCUCAGGAUCCCGACGUGCCGAACUGGAAGCCUUUCCCGAUGAAGACAUUUUACAUCCUAGUUCUGAUAGUCAUGGCUCUCGCUAUAGCUGGGGUUCAGGAAGGUUUGUGCCAGAUGUCGAUAAGGAAGACGAGGGAGGAGGGCGGACUAAUUGUGUUCAAUAAUGUAAAGAGUGUGCCGACGAUGAAGUUCUUCGCUUGGAAAUACUUGCCUACGAUUAUCGCUGUGGCAUACUCCGUCUUUUUCACGCUCAUGGACUUCGAGAUUCGCCGCCUAGAGCCUUAUUACCAGCUAUCACAGUCUACAGGAGCCACAGCAGCAACGAGUCUAAAUUGCGAUCACCUGACGAUGUUUCAGUAUUUUGUGCCAUUCAAGGCUUGGAGGUUGAAGCAGUGGGCGGUUCUUCUGUCCACCACUGGUAACAUCAUUGCCUCCAUGAUCGGUCCGGCGGUACAGAAUCCCUCCCUCCAGUUUAUUGAAAAUCCGGACGAGAGCUGCCAGGAUGAGAACAUUGUCAAUGGCCUGUGUGGCGACACUGACCAAUUCAGAUACUGGGUCCGUGUCAACACGGUAUGGUCGCGGAUCUUGUCAGUAAGCUACCUCCUGGUUGCAAUCAUCACAGUCGUCCUACUCUUCCAACUGCGGCGAAGAUCUGGACUUCUCAGCGAUCCGAAGGGCAUUGCCGGCAUCGCGUCCAUGGCAACGAAGUCUCACAUUCUCCGCGACUUCAAAGGCACAGACGAGGCAAAUCGUGCUCAGUUGCACAAGAAACUGCAGCAUCGCCGCUAUGUCCUCUACAAGUCCUCUAUCUGGCAAGGCGAGUACGACACUAAGGAAGAUCCAUACGUCGACAGCGAUAUGAAGUCUAGCAGUCCCCAUCCGCCGAUGCUCCGAGCAGGCGCCGCGUUCCCCUUCAUGGGAUUCAUGGUCUUCGGCCUAAUAACCAUCCCUCUAAUAUCUCUCACGGAUGCACGUAUAGUGCCCAACGCGGCGCCGUGGCUACCGAUUCUCCUUGCCACCCUCCUCAAGCUCAUCUUCAACACUUUCGAAGCCGACGUUCGGCUCAUGGAGCCCUACUACCGCCUCUCCCUUGGCCGAGCCCGGCCUGAGCAUUCCCUCACACUCGACUACCAAGCCUCCAUCUACGGCAUCAUGCCUUUCCAGGCGCUCGCCAAUCGGCACUGGCUCGUCAUGCUGGUUGGUCUAUCCUCCGUCGCUCUCGAUGUCUUCACCGUCACUGUCGGUUCAUUUUCAGUGAACAGCGUGGAGUUCCUGCACAAAACAGACUCCGAGGGAUCAAAUCAGGAUGAGACCUACGUCUCCUUCUGGGUCUCCUUGAUCUUGUCGCUCGUCAUCCUAAUAUUCGUCCUCAUCACCACCGCCCUCGUCUACUGGCGGCGGCGACACCCUUUCCUGCCUCGAGAGCCGUCCACGAUUGCGGCAAAUCUGGCCUUCAUCUACUCCUCCAAUAUGUUGACGGACUUCAUUGACACGGAGAAGAUGACGAAUAAGCAGAUGGAGGCAAGGCUCAAAGGCUUGAACAAGACCUAUGCGUUGGGCUGGUUCAGGGGAAGAGAUGGCGAGAUACACUGUGCGAUUGACGAAGAGCCGAUGGUGAGUCGGUAUGUGCACGGGAAGAGCUAUACAAGGGCACAGGCUGGGCCGAUGGGCGCAGAGCCCGAGUGGGAGUAUGUAGGGGAUGUGUAG